UUCCUGUAGUUUUUUUGGUUUAAGUUGUUUUUGUGUGGGUGUGGGUUGUGGGUCCAAUCAUGCCGUCCAUGUUGUUUUAUGCAGAUGAGGUGGGUCGAUAUUUUUUUGUGGCAAUAUUGUUUGUGGCAUAAUUUGUGCAAGAGGAGAAACGAAUGUGUUCCGUCUUGAAAGUGCGUGUUUGACAGGUUGGCAUAUGUUCCUGUGUCAAUUUUUUUGGGCACAUUUUUUCAGGUGAAAUAUUGCGAAGCGCCUUUCACCAAAGUGAAACUGGGAUUCAACAAAAAUGCUGGUGCCCUCAAUAUGAUCCACUCGCCGCUUGAUGCGGCUUUGGAACUGGUGUCCGACAUCGCAGGCCUUCAGAUCACUGUGGAUGGUCAGACCUGUGCGAUCGGUGGAAAGGUGAAAGCCACGUUUGCGGAUGAGGCCCUCGCGAUGAAGUUUGCAGAACAUUUGAGGGGAACUCCAAUGGAAUCGACAGAAGAGGCACAGCUUGAAGCAGCACCCAGCACUCCGAAACGACGUCCUUCAAAGAUGGGGAUGGACAUCACACCUCCUCGCUGCGUUCGACCCAGACGGACCGUGCUGGAGGAGGACGAGUGCAAGAUUGCAAAGGCCGAUAUGUGAGUGCUGAGUGCCUGUUUUUUUUCGAUGGGGCUAUUACUGGUUUCACUCAGUUGCUGUGCCGCAGCUGGGAGAGUGUGACUUAGCCGACUUAGCCAAUGUGAAUUGGUGUCUGGGGAAGCACUGCAACAGGCAAUGCGAACAGACCCGUGGUGUGAGCAGCGAGUGUGGAGAAAA